AUGGCACUCAACACCGGAGAUGACGUUGGUGGUGGCAACGAUGGUGGCAACAGUGACGGCGAUUGCGAUUCCACGUCCAAAUAUGAUCCCACAGUUAGAUCUAGCACUCCACGACCAGAUCCAGCCAUGGAGAAGCACCGAUCUAGCACCGUAGUAGCCAAAUCCGGCACUCAACGACCAUAUCUGGCCGCGGGAAGCAUCGAAUCUGGUGCUUCCCGACCAGAUCCCACGGUUGGAUCUAGCACUCCACUUCCAAAUCCAACCGUGGGGAAGCGUCGAUUUGGCACCGUAAUGGCCAGAUCCGGCCACAUGAAGUUAUUUACUCAUUCUAAAUGUGGUGCCUUAUGUGCAGAAUAUGGUACAAGCCAUAAAUUAGGAAAAAUUGGUGAUGGCAUUCGUCUUUGGAACAGUAUUGAUCCUGACCUUCUAUUGGCUGUUUUUCUUCCCGCCUUACUUUUUGAGAGUGCAUUUUCUAUGGAAGUGCACCAGAUAAAGAGAUGUAUGGCACAAAUGCUUCUACUUGCUGGUCCAGGAGUUCUUAUUUCAACCUUUUGCCUUGGAUCUGCUCUGAAGCUCAUUUUUCCAUAUGAGUGGAAUUGGACGACAUCACUGUUGCUUGGAGGACUUCUGAGUGCUACUGAUCCUGUGGCUGUUGUGGCUUUGUUGAAGGAGCUUGGUGCAAGCAAGAAACUGAACACUAUAAUUGAAGGAGAAUCCUUGAUGAAUGAUGGGACAGCAAUUGUGGUCUAUCAGUUAUUCUAUAAAAUGGUCAUGGGGCAGAGCUUUAAUUGGCAGGCCGUUAUUGAAUUUCUGGCCAAAGUCUCACUUGGAGCUGUAGGCAUCGGUAUUGCUUUUGGGAUAGCAUCUGUAUUGUGGCUUGGAUUUAUUUUCAAUGAUACUGUGAUAGAGAUUGCGUUGACACUUGCUGUGAGCUACAUUGCUUACUUCACUGCUCAAGAAGGUGUUGAUGUUUCUGGUGUUUUGGCAGUGAUGACUUUAGGAAUGUUUUAUGCUGCUGUUGCAAAGACAGCCUUUAAGGGUGAUGGUCAGCAGAGCUUGCAUCACUUUUGGGAAAUGGUUGCUUAUAUUGCAAAUACAUUAAUUUUCAUCCUGAGUGGAGUUGUUAUAGCUGAAGGUGUUCUUGGCAAUGAUAAGAUGUUUGAGAACCAUGGAUAUUCAUGGGGCUAUCUAAUUCUUCUGUACAUCUUUGUGCAAAUAUCACGUUGCAUUGUUGUUGGAGCAUUAUAUCCAUUUUUACGAUAUUUUGGAUAUGGUUUGGAUUUAAAGGAAGCUGCCAUUCUAAUAUGGUCAGGGCUGCGAGGGGCUGUUGCAUUAUCACUUUCUCUAUCAGUUAAGCGUGCCAGUGACCGUUCACUGAAUCUCAGUUCUGAAACAGGAAGCCUGUUUGUUUUCUUCACUGGUGGAAUUGUAUUCUUGACACUUUUUGUCAAUGGAUCAACUACACAGUUCAUUUUACAUUUUCUUGAUAUGGAUAAACUAUCAGCAGCCAAGAAGCGUAUAUUGGACUACACAAAGUAUGAAAUGUUGAACAAGGCAUUAGAGGCUUUUGAAGACCUCGGAGAUGAUGAGGAACUUGGACCUGCUGAUUGGCCUACAGUAAAGAGAUACAUUGCAAGCUUAAACAAUUUGGAGGGGGACCAUGUGCAUCCUCAUAUUGCAUUGGACCCUACAAAUCUGAAGGAUAUCAGAAUACGGCUUUUAAAUGGUGUUCAGUCAGCUUACUGGGGGAUGCUUGAUGAAGGGAGAAUCACACAGAGUACUGCAAAUCUUUUGAUGCAAUCUGUAGAUGAAGCUAUUGAUGCUGCAUCUGAUGAACCUUUAUGUGAUUGGAAGGGCUUAAAAUCUAAUGUUCAUUUCCCAAAUUAUUACAAGUUUAUCCAGACAAGCAUGUUCCCACAAAAAUUAGUUACAUAUUUCACUGUGGAAAGGCUGGAAUCGGCAUGCUGUGUUUGUGCUGCAUUUCUUCGAGCUCAUAGAAUUGCACGGCGGCAACUUCAUGACUUUAUAGGUGACAGUCUUAUUGCUUCUGUUGUAAUUAAUGAAAGUGAGGCUGAAGGCGAAGAGGCAAGAAAGUUCUUGGAAGAUGUCCAUAUAACUUUCCCUCAGAUUUUGCGUGUUGUUAAAACAAGACAAGUGACAUACUCGGUACUAAACCACUUGAUUGAUUAUAUACAAAACCUUGAGAAGGUUGGGUUACUGGAGGAAAAAGAGAUGCUUCAUCUUCAUGAUGCUGUCCAGACUGACUUGAAGAAGCUUUUAAGGAAUCCUCCCUUAGUGAAGAUUCCAAAAAUAACUGAUCUGAUAAGUGUCCAUCCUUUAUUAGGGGCCCUUCCUUCUACUGCCCGCAAACCACUAGAAGCUUCUACGAAAGAAACAAUGAAAACACGUGGUGUGACACUUUACAAAGAGGGCUCCAAACCAAAGGGUAUUUGGCUUAUAUCAAAUGGAGUUGUCAAGUGGACCAGUAAAACCAGAAGGAACAAGCACUCACUGCAUCCUACCUUUACUCAUGGGAGUACGUUGGGCUUGUAUGAAGUAUUAAUUGGAAAGCCAUACAUGUGUGACAUGAUCACAGAUUCUGUGGUUCUCUGUUUUUUCAUUGAAAGUGACAGAAUACUUUCAUUGCUAAGGUCAGAUUGUGCAGUGGAAGAUUUUUUGUGGCAGGAAAGUGCUAUUGUCCUUGCCAAACACUUGGUUCCUCAAAUAUUUGAGAAAAUGGGACUGCAAGAUUUGAGAGCUCUUAUAGCAGAAAGGUCAAUGAUGACAAUAUAUAUUAGAGGGGAAACGAUAGAAGUUCCUCACCAAUCCAUUGGCUUCUUGUUAGAAGGAUUCAUAAAACCUUUCAAUGUUCAAGAUGAACUCAUCACAUCACCUGCAGUUCUUUGGCCUUCACAUGGAAUUCAAAGUUUCCGAAAUGCAGAUACAUCAGGUGACACAACAGCCAGUUUUUCUCAUCAGCAAUCCUGGAAUCAAUUUGAGACAAAAGGGAGCAUAAUUUAUCAAGCUGAGACAAGAGCUAGAGUAAUCAUUUUUGAUAUUGCAACGCAUGAAGCUGAUACUGUUCUGCAGAGAAGUUCAUCCUCAUUCAAUCAUUCCCAUAGAACUUUAAGCAGAGAACAUGGAGGUCUUAUGAGUUGGCCAGAACAUUUCUACAAUGCAAAACAACAUGUGCAAAAUCAUGGAGCAACUGAUCAACAAGCAAACAGAUUGUCUGCUAGAGCAAUGCAGCUAAGCAUCUUUGGCAGCAUGGUUGAUGUGCGACGGCGCAGCCGAAGUUUAUCAAGGAUGAAUCUAUUUAAGCCAGCACACAGCCUGUCAUAUCCAAGAGUUCCUUCAUAUCCUGGCCAUCCGCUUGUCUCUGUCAGAUCAGAAGGGGCUGCAACUCUAAGGAAGAACCUUGAAGCAAGAAAGUUUACAGGACAGAUUCCCCCACCACAAGUGAAGGAUUCACACACAAAAGAGGGUCAUGUAGAUGAUGAUUCUAGUGAUGAAUCUGGCGCUGAUGAAGAAAUCCUGGUAAGGAUUGAUUCACCUAGCAGCCUAUCUUUCCACCAGGCUUCUUGAAGGUUUUUCUAUGUCCCAAUAAUCAUGGUUGUGAUUUCUUUCUGUACUGUUGUAUCAUUAUAGAUCCUGUUGAGUGUCUUUAUGAGUUAUAUAAUAAGAUAUAUGCCAUCUGACUCAAGCUAGUAUCUUUAGUUUUCUUAUGAAUGAAAGCUUGAUUCAAAUUGUCUCACCA